AUGUCGGAGAUUUGUCGCAGCAGCCUGUCAUUGGGCUCGGGCGAGGUUGCUAUGCUACAGGCUGGGGCCCCUGCAGCUGAAUCGUUGGCCUUGCAUCCGCGUACACUGAACGAGCUACUGCAAGCAUGCCAUUGCAACAGCUCCACGAUAUUUGGUGAUGAGGGAAUCCGGGUGUCCGGACUGGUUGAUGUUGCUGCCAAUACACAGCACGGCGACUUGCUGCUGUUGGAGUUUGCCAGUUUUGAGGCGGCCCAUGACAAUAGCCUUCCAGAAGUUAUCCAGGAAGCUGUGACGCAAGGCGUUUCUGCAAUCGGAGUUAUGGUUGAGCCUGCAGAGUAUACAGACAAAGUCUUCAGCUCCCUGCGUGCACUUUUUGAAGUCUCCAACUUCUCAGACUUCGGUUUGCAAGCCGUCGUCGCUCUGUCGGAUUCAUCGUCGUCACUGACUUCGCUUGCAUCUCGCUUGGCUAAGCAGUUCUAUUCUCCUGCUAAGCGCGUGACGAAGUUGAUUGGAAUUGUCGGUGGCGAGGAGUAUGAUGUCAGAACAGCAGCAUGGUUUCUGUUCAAGCUGCUGGAGGCCUCAAAGGGUGCUGCUAGGACCGGCUUGAUAAGUGACCGACGCUCUAUGGCGGCUUUUAGUAGCAAGGACAUUUGCCAUUCGCUCACACCAUGCAUAGCUCAAGAGCUCAUAGGCCGCAUGGAAGGCACAGGUGUUGAAAUGUGUGUUGUGGAAGUUGUUCCCGGGACGAAAGCCUUUGAUGCAGUUGAGUUUGACUUCGUGGUGGAUUUGGGUGAGACUGCUGAUGAGCUGAAUGGUGGGACGCAGCGUCAAACAUGUCUUGGAGCUGCUGGGGCAGUAGUUUGCCCUGAGGGUAGCGUGGCAGAGAUGCCCCAAGAUCCGGUCGCGACAUACAGCCUUGAAGACGUGUCAGUGGAAGCUGAGCAGGACCCUGAACUAAGUGCGCUGACUAAAUCGGAGAUCAUCAACAGGCUUUCAGAUCUGGGAUUGGAAGCUCUUCCGAAAGGCGCCGCCAAAGCCGACCUCCUGGCUAUGCUGCAGGAAUGUCUUCCACCACUGGAAGAGAGGCCUGACAACGGGGACUUGCAACCCCUCUUGCCCGGCUCUGCAAAUUGCCUUCGAGGCAGAAUCCUUCCAAUCAACCAUAUGAAGCACGUUGAGUUGCAGCUCCAAGGGAUGGACCUUGAAUGCAACGCAAAGGUGACACUGCUCAAAGAAACCAGCUGUGCAGCUGUUGCAGCCCUCUGCGCAGCUGGACAGUUCCUGAGGCAGGAAGAUCCAGAGGCGAACAUGCAACAGCUAGCAGCAGCACUUGAGACAGUCAAGCCGCCGCCCGGAACUUUUGAAGUUUUCACCAACGAGUCACUGCCUGACAGCACUAUCAUAUUGCAUGAGGCCGCAUCGCCCAGGCAUGUUAUGCAAGCCUUGCAGGUGCUCAAGUCUUCCAUGUCGCAAGCAGCCAGUCCGCGGGUAACUGCCGUGUUUGGCUGUGACGGUGAAGUGUCUCGAGGCGAUAGGGCCAAAUAUGGUUGGGCGCUGGCAAGCUGUGAUAAGCUUAUGCUGACAUCCGCCAGUCCACGAGGAGAGCCACCUAUGCAGAUCCUUGAGGAUGUGCUAGAUGCCGUGCGUCAGCAACGGGAAUGGCUCAAGCUUGACAAAGCCCUAAAUGUUUUUGUUGUCGCGGACCGAACCGACGCCAUCAAGCAAGCAGCACUGUGGAACACAAGUCAAGCGAAAAACGGCGAGCCACUGACUGAAGUAACGAUUGUCUUUGGGAGCAGCUUUGCAGAUAUUCGUGACGCUGCAGAUCACAAUGGGGAAGUCCGAACAUGGCUAUGCAAUGACCACAAAAUCAUAAGAGAUUCACUGGAACUAGCUGCAGGUCUCCAUGCCAGCUCUCUGGAAAGGAAGCGAGUUCCCUGGCCAGUGUCACCAUUAAGAAAGUCCAAGUUGCCAGGAAGGUCGCUGCACUGGUCCUAUGCUGUAGAAGUGACUCCGGACGGUCAAGUCAAAGAACAGCUCUAG